UGGGGGGGAUUACCGAGUCAACGUAAACUCUUAGACAUUCGUAGAUUUGUCAGAGAGCCUUUCCUUAAAAAAGUUACUUUCCAUGCUGGAUAUACAGCGUUUAAUGAUCCUUCUCCAACAAAAGUUGAGGUCAUCACUUUUUUUUUCCUUAUUUGACGCACACGCUUGCGCAAAUGACAGCAGCAGCUUCCAUCAAAGUCAGAACGCCGUCGUCGCAAGAUCCGUGGAUAACCUUGGUUCGUGGACAGACUUUUACCAAUGUGUGCGUGCCAUUGGCGCAAUGGAAGUAGGCGUUAAUGCAUUCGUUAUUUUGGUCCGUCUGUAAGAGGGGGUUAGGGGUAGGUUGGGUCACAAUUACUUGGAGACAAACGGUGCUUUAACGAGCACAAAUUAUUACCGUGCUAGUUGUGUUGCUAUUAGGGACGCUUUACUCGAUAGACAACCAAAUAACAUUUUUUAAACACGGUUGGUCAAAACUUGGCAAAAAAAUCCCCCAGUUGAUUACAUUGGCCUCUUAGCCCAUUGAGAUGAUAUUACCACGCCAUGGCUGCUGCUGAUGAUGAUGAUGGAGUGACUUGGGUCUACAGCGGUCACGCCUGGAAUCCCAUGCCUGGGGAGGCACGGGCACCUGGGCAGGGAUACCAGAUGAGUCGGGCCUGGUCGCAGGGGCACUGGGCCUCAACUUGGUUUAUGUUCAAUUAUUAAAACAUACACGAGAGGUCGUGACACGUUUCUCACCUCUCCUGAUGUUAUUUAGGGAAAUGAGGCCGCAUGCCCCUGGGGCCAGGCUUGUCUCCUCUGGUUUCCCUGCCCAGAUCCCUGUGCAUCUGUGGGUAAGGGAAUCUCGGCAUCACCAGGAUAAGCCAAAGUCACUCCUCAUCAGCCAUAAUUCAUCCACUUCUGGAUGGUCAAAUUUACAUAUUUUGCUCUCACAUAUACUCCAUGCGUUCCUCUUGCUGUGUCUCAAUGGAGCUGCUUUAGAGAUUCGAUUGAGACUCCACAUGUUUAAAUUAUGAAAACCAUAUAAUUGAAAACUGUAUUCCAUCUCACAUCUAAAACUCAAUCGUCCAGAAAUUAAAAAUACGUUUAGACCACAACAAACCAUUCACCCCAGAGUGAGUGUGGAGAUUUUCAACCUUGAGUCUGCAUCUCAAAGCUCUGAUUGUGGGUUUAUAGUUGCCCACAAGGUCUGAACUCAAUUUAUUCAUUCAUAAAAUCAACUGUCGUCAGCCACCAUAUCUCCAGCAUUCGAUGAAGGCCUCUCAAAGUCAUUGCCAUCCCGCUGUCCCAUGACGCAACGAUCCGGCUAUCUCCUGCACCUGGGCUGACCUCAUUGGACCAUCUGCUGUGGAGGGCACCCUCUGGUGAAUUCCAUCCUUCGGCUGCCACUGUUGUCAAGACUAUUGGCCACCAUCUCUUCCCACGAUGCGCCUUUGCCAGACCCAGUUACAUUUCGUAACAGUCAAUAUGAUAACGCUAAUUUGCUUUCGCACUCCAAUUCCAUGUGUUCCUCUCAACGUGUUCUCAUUUUAAUUCCCAGCAGGAGUCUCGCUCCAUGAUUCUUUGCUCACUUUUCAGUUUUUGUUCCAUUUUCCCCGUCAUUAAAUGGACGUGUUUAUCAAUGGACGCAUUUAUUCAUGGACAUGUUUAUCAUCCAUAUACCGCAACGGGCAAUGCUCACUUCCUGAAAACCUCUUUCGGCUCGUGGAUACAAUGCUUGUUAACAAUAAAUAAACAGUAGGCACACAAUUAAGAGGCCACAUCUUUUUUGUGAUUAAUACAUUUUUAAUUGUUAUUCAAAAAGCCAUUGUUUGAAAUAUGUACAUGGCACCUUAACCUAUCCUCACAUGAAAUAACAGCACUUUUUUCACAGUGUUCUCUACUUGACCCAUUCUCGCCCGCAAUUGCUGUGCUAUUAAAAAAAGGGGGCAUGCAUGUGCAGCCAUUCCAGAUAUUUAAAACAGCACGCAUGAGCCUAAUUAGCUUGCACAGAGCAUACCAAGCGCCUGAAGAGCACUUAGCGCUAAACUGCUUCAUCUGUCGUUGAACAACCGCGCUGUUUGCUCAUUCACGUGCCGGUCUUUCCAUUUUAAGGGUGCCUGUCGCGUGCGGGCCGCCAUGCAGACACAUUUUUGUUAAGUUCCACGACAAAAAAAUGUAGUUACCUUACAACCGACAUUUUUUGUUUUUUGCACGGUUUAUCCGAAGACUAAAAAAAAAGCUAGAGAAAAACAUUUGAAUGUUUAGAUUUGCUUAGAAAAACUAACACCGAGCCCCAGUACACAGCUAUGCUUUUUACAAGAGCCAUUUGUCCAAUUUUGUAUCCAUACCUGAAGCAAAGAUAUCUACAAAGCAAGGCCAACCGGGACUAGAGAGGCGACGUUUAUAGUGAAAAUACCAAAGCUCGCGGCUAUGAGCCAGCAAUUUCCCGGGGGCCUGAAAAAUCAGACUAAAUGUCAAACCUUUGAGUACGGCUUCUGUAACACCGGUCUGACAAGAGUGGGAAACAUCAUGAGGCUGCUGCUACUGCUGGGCAAGAAGAUACUCGUGAGAGGGCGGUGUCGGAUCCUUGCGUGUGGGACGUGCGUGGCGCUCGCAUUGCUGGGGAGUCUUUUGUGGCUUCUGGUGCCAUCCUGGGCAUCGGACCUCCUGGCACAGCUGUCGCCAACCACCACGAUGAUGAGACGCUGGGAUGGGCACAGGCCGUGGGACCAGCCCGGACGGAGGAUCGGGAGGCCUGAACUCAGGGGGUUGCCUCUGUGCCCGGAGGUGUCUCCACUUUUACGCGGCAGAAUGCCGGCGCUCACGAUCGCCCACCUCCACCUGGCGCCUCCGUCCCUCGGGGAGACGCGAGCGGCCCAGCCGGGGGGCCUGCGUCGCGGGGGUCACUACCGGCCCCCCAACUGCGAGGCACGACACCGCACGGCCGUCGUGGUGCCCUCGGGCUCACGGGACCGCGUGCGCCUGCGCGUGCUGCUGCGACGCCUGCACGGCGUGCUGCAGCGCCAGCAGCUCGAGUACACAGUCUACGUCGUGCAGCAGGUCACGGACGGGCCGUUCUACCGCGCCUGGCUGCUCAACGUGGGCGUGCGGGAAGCGCUCAGCGACGCGGAGUUCGAGUGCCUGGUCAUGCACGACGUCGACCUGCUGCCGGAGAAUGACCGCAACCUCUACACCUGCGAGCCUCAACUGGGGCCCAAACACCUGGCCGUUGCCAUCGAUAAGUUUCGAUACAAGUUACCCUACGAGAGCUAUUUUGGAGGUGUGGCUGCGCUUACGCCAGGGCAGUACAUGAGAAUUAACGGCUUCCCCAGCAAUCACUGGGGCCGCGGUGCAGACGAUGAGAUUGCCAACAGGAUACGGAGCGCGGGCAUGGCCAUCUAUCGCCCACCCGCUUCGGUGGGACGCUACAGCAGCACGCGCGCGCACCGUGGACAGCACGCGGAGGACGAGAACCUGGCACGCUUUCCCGAGCGAUUCAGGGGGACAGAACCUGCAGACGACGGCUUGGAUCGUACGUGGUAUCGAGUCCGGUCCAAGAAGCGUUUCGCGCUCUACACCGGCAUCGCGGUGGACUCCGGCCUCCCCCAAGAGCCCUGACCCCCCCCCCCUCAUCCCUGCCCAUCCCAGCUCCCCUGCCCACAAUCAUACACCAUCUCACUGGGACAAAUCCAGCCAAAACGCUUGGAAAGGGGGGGGGGCAGGUUUUUACCCGUCUCGCCGAAUCACCAAUGCCAAUCGUGAUCACCGAGGAUCGACUUUUAUCUCGUCACCUUCAGCUGUGGCCCUUCGUAAAUUGACCAAAAAACAUCGCUUCACCACCUCGUGCCUUCCUAACCCCUCAACUCCCAGACACGAUGUCAGCAUCAUCGCCAGGAGCAGUAACAAUGCGGCCGUCUAGGGGCGGGGGGGUGGGUGCCACCCCUAUAUUGUUAGGACCGUACAUAUUUCAGAUUUGUGCCUCAUUUUUUAACUCUUGAAUAGCCACUUAUUUUCCAGGAUGCAGGACUCUGAAGUCAAUAAAAACGACGUUCGACCACCAAAGUGUUUGACUCUAAAAGGUGGCACCCUUAAAUUAUGGAGGCGUCUGGAUCAAAUGAAACACUCAAUGUCUCGUGAUCAACAAUAAAGACUUCCAUUUUAUCUGUACACCGAGGGAUUCAGCCGGUCAACAACUCCGUUUCUGCAGUAGAAACACGUUGUUUUAAAUUUGAUUAUCUGGGAGCUUUUUGCCACAAGUAUUCUUGCCAUUCAACAAAUUACAUAACCGUAAUUACUGUUACCCUUUUGCACUCAAAGUUUUGAACAAUAUGUUGAGUACGGUCGCUGCAUUAGUUGCGCUUCUGCGGCCGUCUGGAACCCUCUCCCUUAUGAUAUUAGCAAGCCUCUGGAGCUACGCUGUAUGCGCUAUUAAAAUCUAGAUUGAAAACUAAUUUAUUUAUAACAGAUUUUUGCGUUUAGUCUGUUGUUUCCCCCCCCCGCACCUCCGAUAAUCACGGUUGGCGAAGUACGGUGCGAAAGAAGUUCAACAUACAGACGAACACAAUAUUCGGGCCCUGAUCCACAGUGAACAUUUGGUCAUAGAUUCAGCAGAAAUAAAACGCAACAUCUUUGUCCAUACGAGGUUUUUGGGUUAAACCUGCCACCACCCGGCACAUGCCAAUUCGUUACUAGUACUGCACACUGGUGUGUUGGAGAGUAAACCCCCAAAAUUUCCAAUUCGAGUACCACGUUUCGCCAAUAAUUACAACUAGCAUCAGGCGAAAAAUGAAAGCUUAUCUGUUAAACUGACAAUAUCUUUGACCGAAGUCUUUCAACAAUGUUGGACCGAAUAUAAUAGUGCAAUUCAUAAUAUGUAACUUUACUCCGAGCUGCUAGCUCUAGUAAAUGAUGUACAAAUAUUAAAUAAUUAAAUUCCAUCUGUACUCACAGGUUCAGCAGCGGAGACCAAACGUGUGAGAGAAUGUGUUGAACGAACAGGAGUACACGGGUGCAGAUAAUUCACCUGCAGCAUGCUAUGCAGCUCAACAAACUACCGCGUACAUCACAAUAAAUGCUAUUCUUACGUCGUGUUUAACAUUUGACCAAAGUCUUUGGGCACAACAUUGUUGAUCCCCGGAAUAUGCGUAAACUGAACAAUCAGGAAUAGAUUCAACAGGUGAAAUAUAUAUAUUUUUUAAACCCCCCCCCCCCCCUGCUUGUUUGGCUCAACCAUAUCAAGGGCCACAAAUUAGCGCACCUCAGCAAACUCGUUGUAAAUGUACCCCCAACCUCCCCCCAAAUUGAUCGCCAGACGUGGUAGAACAACGAAUCGUUUGUGGCGUGGCACGUGCCUUUGCCAGGGCUCCUCCUGCAUUGUGUACGUAUAGCAGCUUCGGGCUGUACGAUAUUGGGCGCAUUCGAGUCCAGGAAAGCCAGUCUGGCUGUGGCGCUCGUGGUUAUCAUCUGCGCGUGCACACUCGGGAGGCCUUGGGGCUGUAAGGCGCUUGCUAAAACAAUUGCAUAUGCGGAGUCAGCAUGCAAUCCCACUGCUGAGGGUAAAUUAAAGCUUGGAGCCAAUUAUGAAUCAUUUGCAUCACGGUGUGAUUGCGUGUGUGUACGUAUUGUUUCCAGAGGGGCCCGCUUGCGUAAAGUAAACAGAGGUGGUUUACCAUUCACAAGAGUGCAACGCGAUGUUGGAAAUUCCACAUUUCUAAGGCAGCGGUGGUCGGGCACAAACUGCUGUUGAGUUCCAACAAAGUGCUGCGUAUUUUGUUUUACCCCGGGGAGGUUUAUAAAAGGUUGUUACUGGUACAAUCGUGACGAUUUCCAAAUGGGAUCGUGAGGUUAUACAUCAAAAAAAUAGUGCAGCAUCUUGCAGGCGAGGUUGACGCACAGGCGACUCGGCAAUUCGCAUGCAGGAUAUCACGUUCAGUGAGGGAAAAAGUAUUUGAUCCCCUGCUGAUUUUGUACGUUUGCCCACUGACAAAGAAAUGAUCAGUCUAUAAUUUAAUGGUAGGUUUAUUUGAACAGUGAGAGACAGA